GUUUGGAGGCAGGAACUUCACAAAACUGUUUGAGAACGUUUAGCGAACAGGCCCGAGUGAGAAUUUGUGCCACGUUAAUAAAGACUACAAGCUUUGGAAAGAAGUAAAUUGGUGUUAAUGGCGCUGAAUAAGGACCUUGUACCGCAGUGUUUGAUAGUCUGAGCGAGGGAAACUGAUCCUUAACGUACAGCAGCGUUUGUGCGUGAGUGUGUGGAUGUCCUCGUACGAAAACAGAAAAGGGGCAGAGUUGAGGUGCUUCGGAGUGGAAUUCUAAACUCGAGAUCUGUUAUUAAUGUGACAUUCAGUGACAUACGUGGUUCUUUAAAUUUUUUAAUAAUGUUUCUUAUUUCGAUUACGAAUAAAAUGUAUGUGACUGGAUUUUUAUAAACUAGUGUAGUAAUUUCAUAUUAAAUUUUAAAAAAACGUAAGUAGUGAAUCAUUUAGAUCUGUUCUGUGAAUCGAAAUGAUCUUCCCCAGACUAAAUAGGACUGAUUGAUGGUCUACCAGAAAAGUUUCUAAGCUCCGGAAGGUGUCGUUUAUUCCGCUACGUUGACGAGAGACGAAGGACAGAAACAGAGGAGGACACAAAGACAAAUGAUGAUGCCUCUCGCACCGACGCCAAUAGUAGCUGUUCCUUCCAAACCCAAAAUCGGUUUCUCCAUCGAUUCCAUAGUAGGAGGUGGGACUAACACACCGACCAGCACAGCCGCCACGACGACACUCACAACACCGCCGAAACACAGACCCGCGACGUCACAAUCACCAGAAUGUGACGUCAGAAACACGAACGCAUCGCCCAACCCCCCGUCAUUAAGCCCCGCAUCAUCAACGACGUCGAAUCAUUACACGACGAGUCAUAACAAUGUAGAAAACAACAGGACGACCUCACACUCGCCGACAGGUUCGUCAUCGCCCGAAUUAUCCCCGGGUAAUUAUCACCGGGUAAGGCAUCAUUCGGGGUCUUUAUCGCCGUCGAUUUCACCGACAUCAUCGCCGACGCCAACAGGUGUGUUGGUGCAAGGCGCCGGAAUGAGUCCGUCGGUGGCUUCUGGGAUAUCUUCAGCGCCGACGUUAGUGAGACCAUCGGCUCUGACGGCGACGGGAAUAGUCGGUUCUCCGGGUUUUACGCCGACGUCUGGAGGAGCAGGCGAGUCGGGCCUGAAAGGACUGUACCUACCCGAGCCACUCGUACACCCCGGUCACCACCAUCACCACCCGCACCACCACGCACACCACUCGCACCAUCAGCUGGCUCUCGCUGCAGCCGCCGCGGCCCAACACUUCCAGGCGGCCGGGCUGGCAGCGGCUCUGGCUCAACAGACGGCAGGCGGAGGCCACCACGGGGCCGGAUUCCUCACCGGAUCGCCUGGGGCCGUGGCACCCGGACACUUGCCUCCACAUCACCCAACACCGCACCCGGCCGCUGCGAUACCUCGCGACACCUACCCGCUUUACCCCUGGCUGCUCUCCAGACACGGGAGAAUAUUCCCGCACAGAUUUCCCGCAGGUCCGGACAUCCCAGGAUUCCUGCUUCAGCCAUUUCGAAAACCAAAGAGGAUCCGGACAGCGUUCAGUCCGAGCCAACUUUUAAAACUUGAACACGCUUUCGAAAAGAAUCACUACGUAGUGGGAGCAGAGCGGAAACAGCUAGCGCAGUCACUCAGCCUCACGGAAACUCAGGUAAAAGUGUGGUUCCAGAACAGGCGAACCAAGCACAAGCGAAUGCAGCAAGAGGAGGAGGCCAAGGUCCAGCAAGCGGCUGCUGCAAGCAACAAGAACAGUCAUCACGUCACGAAGUGGAAGCAGGAGACUCAGGGACAAGGGACGGACGAGAAUAGUCGGCAGCAGUACAGCAGCAGGGACAAUCACGGGCACCACCAGGACGUCAGGGACGCUGACAGUUGCAGCUCAGGUUCCGAGACCUGAGUGUUCACACGCCUCCCUGAAGCCCUGUCUCAGGCAGCGAGGAAAGUGUGGACAGACACCCUAUAGCUAUCAGCAAGGUCUCUUGUCAGGGGUUACAGCCAAAUAUUACCAACUGUUGGUGUAAACUGUUACAAAGUGGAGGACAGAUUUAAGAAAUGCAUUAGUCAAAAACAUAUUGAUUUUUUUUGAUGGGGGGGAUAGGAAAAGAUAUUGUGCUCUUUAUGAACGGAUUAAGAUAGUAAAAUGUUUUACGAACUACGAAGGUGGCACAGUAAAUGAAGUGUAUGAGAAUUUAAUUUCUUCUGAGAGGAAAAAGUCAGACACCUUAUGUUCUGGACUGUUAUAGUCACUAGGGAUUUUAAACAGUCUAUACGACGCGAUUUAGUUCAGGUAGUAGCAUUAUGAAAAUAUUAUGUACAAAGUCCUUCUAUCUAUAUAUGUAGUUAAAACACGAUUUAAAAUAGGAACGGUUUCAAUGACAAUUUAACACAUUCAGAAAUUGUGCUGACUGAUGAAGUCUCACAUAAUGCGACUAUUCUGAACACUCAGAAACGUUAAACGUAACUGUACAGAAUAUUCUGAAAUGACAUACUGAAGGACAGCAAGAAUUGAAAUAAAAUACUCUUUGACUCUUAAGAGUUAAGAGCAAUUAAGAUUAAGAAUUGUCGAUAACGAUAGACAAAUAUAUUAGCGAAAGUGAGAAAUCUUUACAAAUUUUACAUAGAAUUAAAAACAGCUAUUCAAAAUAUACUUUCGCAUUAUUAAAAAAAUUCCUUCCCGACUUAGUUAUUUUAUAAAUAUCUAGAUUUCAACUGCAUGUGAGAGAAUUUAGAAAUGCGGACUGUAAGAACGUACCAAAUGUCGUAUAACAAAAUAUUCACAUAGAGUUUUUACAUAUGUCUGUAUAACGUGGAUUCUGAACAAAGGACAAAUUCAUGUGUUUUUUUUAAAAUAUAAAAGUACAAGUAGCUGACAUAUACAAUAUUUUCAGUUCAAUUACACGAAAAAAUCCCGUAAUUUCUCUGUUUAACAUAAAUUCUUAUUCAGGUAUGAUACGUUCAAGACAUGGAAUAAUAAUGUAAACCCACUUAAAAUACGAAACGCUUAAAGAUAAAAUCACAUUAGAAUAAUUUGCAAAGGAAAUAAAAUACUGCAAAUGGAGGUAUAAACGUUGUUCAAGUUCAAACAAGCUGUCAGAAAAAUAUGUUCCGGAAACGAAGUGUACCAAUAUCUCAAAUAAAAGCCAAAAUUUAUAUGGCUAAUAACAUAAUUCAGAACGAGCUGUGUAUUUAUAAAUAAAAUAUAUCAUUUAAUUUAUUAUGGCGGCAAUAACAUGACAUAGAUACACUGUCAGAGAAGGAAUUCUCUCUGUUUUGCCAUAUGCACACUUAAUUCUAAUUCAAACUAAAACACAAACAAAGAAUUAGAUAAUACUAGAAAUGCAAUCUAAUCUCGUGCCAAAAGUACCUUCAUACUUUAAAAAAAACACCUAGUUUACAUUCUUGUCUUUUCUUCUUUUAAGAGACUGAUUGAUUAUUCUUGCGUAAAUUAAUUUCACCAACAUGAAAUUCAACAUAAAGCAAAGUUAUAAUCACGAUACUACUGGUAUUAACAAUAUCACAACCCAGAACAACAUCGUCGUUUAUUAAUUAUUUCAGACAACAUGAAACAUGAUUCGAUGACAUUACAUUUUUCGUAGAAUUUACACACCUUCGUAAGAAAAAUACCUUCAACUCAAUUAUCAGGUUAUGAGAUUGUGAUUCUCGUUGUGGGGGUGAAGUACGUUCGUAAUGAACAUUGAUAUUCACCUGCAAAUACAGACACGGCGUCACAAUCCAGUAAUCACAAUCGUCAUAUUCGCAGACGCGACAGCAACAAAUCCCAAUUAUUACCAAUACUUAAUCUUAAGAGAACUCCUAACAUUAAGCAAUUUCUCAAGAGGCCCAUCUUCUUAUUUAAUUUAAAAAUAAUAAGUAUCGCAUAGACGCAAGUUGAACAUUUUUAUCGGUAUUGAUUAUUAAUUUAACGAGCAACCAGCCAUAAACUAACCUUUGAUUCUUUUUAAAAAGCUACUAAAACUUGUUCGUUUGAAUUUAAGAUAGAUUCAAUCAGUCUCAAAAGAAACAAUGCCAGCUCUUGUGUCAAUAUUUAUUAUGUAAUGUGUUUAAUACUGUAUGUUUGAACUUCGAGUUUCCUUGAACGUAUGAAUAUAAUAAUAAUAAUAAUAAAAAUCUUGGCCGGUGAUAUAUUUUAUUUCGCUUUAAAUUUAUGAAUAGUUUACGUAUUUUUUAAAAUAAAAAUGUAUGUGUGAUAUUGUCACGUGAUAAUUGUAUAUACGUUUUAUUAUUACCUUCAAGCUAUCUUUGUAUAAUUCAAAAUUAUUCUCGUUAGGUCAAUUCCAGUAAUGACACAAAAUGUCCUCGUGUAAAAUAUUUAUUUAAUGUUUAAUCUUAAGUCAUAUGCCUACUCAACUCUUUCUGAAAACUGGAAAUUUAAAACAGCAUCCGUGAAGAUAGCAAAUGUCUUUGUUGUUUGAAACUUCAUAUCAUUCUAAAGUUCUCUGAUGUUGGUGAAUUAGCACUGUUAUGAUUCUUUGGUAAGACAUUAUCCAUUGUCUCAUUCUUUUAUUAAACAAUAAUUUUGUGGGUAAUGGGUUAUGAAAGUAUCCUACCUAAGUAUAAAAAUAUAUUUCUUGCCAUUUUACGACGAACGUACGAUAUAAAAGUACAAUAAAAAUAUGAAAUCUUGAUGAAAAGUUAAAUGUACAGAAUUUUUUUCCCAAAUAUAAAUUAUUUCCGUUACUAACCAUAAAAAUUUCAAUUUUAUUCGAAAUUUACUUCAGACAAAAAAGCUUAAAGAAGAAGGCAAGAGUGAUUAUAACAAAAACGACUACAAUAAAAAUAGUUAAGAUCUUUAUUUAUUUUUAAUAAAAUUUUAACGGAGAAUACUCACAAAAAUCGAGCACGUUGAUUGAAAAUUUCAAUUUAAUUAUCCCAAAUCAGUAUCUAAAUUAUCAAUAACUUUGUGAUUUGAAAUUAAAUUUGUAUGUAAUUAUCGCAAAGGUGUAUUUAAGGGUUGACACGCUGUGUAAUGUUUCAUAUAUUCAACCUUACAUUGAACUAGUGAUAAAAACUUUAUGUAAAUAUUGUAUACACACACCCAUACUGAACAGUCACAAAUACUUCAUGUGUCAAACUAUGUAAAUAUGUGCAAGUCUUUUAAAUCAGAAGCAUAAAAUUAUAUAAUGACUGGUCACGGCAAGUGUGUUGUUAUUGCCAACAUAAAAACUAAAUAGAAACACGAGCCUCUGGCAAAUAAUUAAACAAUUUACUUAAAAAGUGCUUAUUUAUUAUAUUAUAUUAUUGUAUUAAUUACAGACGUUCAUGUGUAGAAGAAGAUUGUCCUAUACAAUUUGUAUCAUAAUGCGAUGUGUGUUUUAUCUUAAACGAUUGUGACAUAAUCUCGACGUCAUUCUGUUGUCAUUGAACCCAGAGUGAACAGGGUCUCGGAAGGAUGCUACUUUUAAAAGUUCCAUUAUUUUCUUUAAACGGCGAAUCCUACAAAAAUAUGUCAAAAAGUCUGACUGCUCUUUCAAAUAAAUUUUGAAUUUCCAAGAG